AUGAAGCCUGCCAAGAAGAAACAAAGCAAGCUCAGCAAGGCCGAGAAGCAAAGGCUGAAGAAAGAGGAAGAAGAACGGAGACUCAAGGAGGAGGAGGAAGCUCGCCUGAUUGCCGAGCGAGAAGAACAGGAGAGGCUGGAGAGAGAACAAAAGGAAGAGGAAGAACGACUGAGACUUGAGUUAAAGGACAGGGAGCGCAGAGAGCAUGAGCUGAAUGAACUGCGCAUCAUAUUGGAGGAAAACCAGAAAGAAGUGAAAAUGUGGGAAGCUGCAACCAGGGAGAAAGCCAAAUGGGAUCGGUACAUGAUUUGUGACGGCAGUCCAAACCCUGCUGUCCAACCUGAGAUCAACGGCUUCAUCACUCUGUGGAAGGAGGACCCAGAGGUCAACAUCCAGAGCAUCCUAAAACAAUGUGCUUUGGCCUUGUGGCUAACAGAUGAACUGGAGCUGCUUUUGAGUGAGGAGAAGGAACCCAGGAUUAUUGAGGUGUAUCAGGACACACUGCAGUCUCUGCAGAGUCUCAUCCAUUCCAAACACCAGGCGGCUGCUGAGGAGAUCCUGAAGUCAGCUAGGACUUGUUCGGACAUCGAGACCGGGAACAUGCAGAUGACAGUUCGAGAUGAUAACGUCACUCUGUGCUUAUGGGCUAACAUCAACAAAAAUCCCAGAUUUAAAGGCUACCAUUUCCAGGAGGCGGGGCUGAGCUUUGAACUUCCUAAACAGCUGGCUAUGAGUGACAUUAGUGUGCGCAUCCUUCACACCCGCUAUGAUCACCUGAGUAACCUGAGCCUUUGGACGCAAACUCAGAACAUACGUCCUGCUCCAGAAGAAGAAGCUGAAGCAGAUGCUAAGACUCUCAGUGAGACCCCUGAAGAACUAGAGGAUGGAGAGAUGAAGGGAGAAGAUGAGGGAAGAGAAAGUGUACAGCAAGAAAAGGACGAUCUCCAGUCACUUAAAUCAUCUGUAGACAAGAAGAGUAGUAUUAGUGAACUCUCGGCUAAAGAGGAGAGGGAAAGUCCAUCACUAAAGCCACAGGGCAAGGCAAAGGAUCAUUCGAGGAGCAUCAUGGGAGGGGUGACCUCCUCUGGAAAAGCAGAAGAUGAAGUUGAAGGCACACCCACUGGAGUGGAGCCAGAAACUGACAGCUCCAAGUUCCACAUCGUGGAUCUCCAUCAGUACACGCCCCUGGGCGGAGUCUACUACUUUGACGUGUUCCAGUUACCACCUCAGUCUCUCACCAUCAACAGCUGGAAGAUCAUAGAGAUAUUGGAUACAGGUCUCCAGAACUUCCCGUAUCCCUCAGAACAGCUUUACAGCUCUGGGUCCGAGAAACCAGAGGACAGCAGUACACAAUCUGACCCGCCUGUAGGGGUCACGGUGGCUCUUCCUGAGUCUGUGAUCUUCAUGCAGGAGCCACAGGUGGCGCGAUGGGACCCAGUCGGUCAGCACUGGCGAACAGACUGCAUCACCGAGACGUCAUAUAACAGCAAGGAACGCAGCAUCUCCAUUAAGAUGGACUCUUUCUAUACCUUCACUCUGCUACAGGAGACACACAUCAACAUGCCGUUUCAGUUUUGGGAGCUUCGGCCGCAGGGUCAGGACUCGGUCACGCUCACCAUCACUGCAGCGUUUACUGAACUCAGCAUCAGCAUCCAGGGGAAUCAGUGCAUGCUGCAAAUGGAGCAGGAUCAGGGACUGAACCACAUCCUGGGUAAAUGGAUGAGUCUCCCUGCUCUACAGACAGCCAUGAGACGAGCUGGAGUGAACAUAUUCGUCAACGAGUAUUCGGAUAAAUACGUUCAAGUUAGUGCCAAGGAGAGGCUGACAGAGCAUGCAGUGUACGAGCAGAUGGCCUUGGUGUCCUCGGCUUUUGCUUUUUCUCGGAGUCAGUGGAACGCUCAGUGCGGACAGGAACAUCUCGUGUUUCAGGCAUGUGAGCACCUGGAGGCGGGGCCUGUGCUGGAGGAGGCGUGGUCUUUGUACAUGCUCAGUGCUCAGAGGAGUCAGCGUUUGAAGAUGACUGAAAGGAGUGACAGCUUCUCAACAGAACUGGCCGAGGAAACCGAGUACCACUCCACGUUCCUGCACCUGCUCAGAGGCAUGAUCAGCCCUGAGGGGCAGGACAGAGUAGACCACGCCCACUACCUUUUUGUUGAUUCAGUGCACAGACUGCUGUGUGCCACCCGCUUGCUUAUGUUCUCCUGA